UCGGUCAACUUCGUCAUUCAGUGGUGUUCGAAACUUCGUUGUGUGUGGUAGUGAAUAUUAACUUUUCUAACACAUUCUCACAAAAAUAACAUUUACUAGUAACUAAAGUACAAUAUACUGUAUCUCAACGUGUUAGAAUAGAAAUAUUACGUGACACUAGUUCUUUACAUAGGGUUCAAAAUGUGUGAUAAUACCAAUCCUUCAACGCAAAGUAUAGCGGACUACUUAGCUCAGUUGCUCAAAGACAGGAAGCAACUGGCUGCGUUCCCGAAUGUUUUCAUGCACAUGGAGCGACUUCUGGAUGAAGAAAUAGCAAAGGUCCGAGCGAGUCUAUUUCAAAUCAAUGGAGUGAAAAAGGAACCACUCAUAUUACCAGAACCAGAAGGCAUGGUGACUACACUCACAGAAAAAGUGUAUGUGCCAGUCAAAGAACAUCCCGAUUUCAAUUUCGUGGGAAGGAUUCUAGGACCCAGAGGUAUGACCGCAAAACAGUUGGAACAAGAAACAGGGUGCAAAAUUAUGGUCAGAGGAAAAGGGUCGAUGAGGGACAAGAAAAAGGAAGAUGCAAACAGGGGCAAACCCAAUUGGGAACACUUAGCAGAUGACCUCCACGUUCUGCUGACAGUUGAAGAUACUGAAAACAGAGCCAAGAUAAAGCUAGCGAGGGCCGUUGAUGAAGUGAAGCGUCUCCUUGUGCCACAAGCUGACGGUGAAGAUGAACUGAAGAAGCGCCAGUUGAUGGAGUUGGCGAUCAUAAAUGGAACUUACCGUGAUUCCAGCUCGAAGGUGUCCGUUCCUGUGAACGGUCAGUGCCUAAUAACUGACGAGGAAUGGCGGCGCGUUGCAGCGGCGGCAGCCGAGACUCAGCGUUUGCUGGCACCAGGGGGCGUGGGCGGGGUGGCCCUGCGCACUCCCGCGCCCCUCGGCGCGCCCCUCAUCCUGUCCCCUCGCAUGUCCGCGCCAGCUCAACCCGGCCUUCUCAACGGGGCAGGGGCGGGAGCGGCGGCCGGCCUGCUGUCUCCGGGCGAGCCCGCGCAUCAGCUGAUCUACGCGUCGCCCUAUGACUACGCGAACUACGCAGCUCUCACCGCGGCCGCGAACCCUCUGCUCGCCACGGAGUACGCCGCUGCUGAUCAUGCCGCGUCGAGGUAUCUGCUAGCUGGCUUUUGACAUUGGCCGCUACAGUCACAGCCGACAAUAAGAUACGGCGUCCACCAAACGCCGUUACACACAUCGCAACAUUAUUACCAUACUCCGUUCACGUAUUAAAAUUAGCCUUCGAAAUUCACGGGACGUUUCUUAAAGUCAUAUAUAAAAGCCAUGAUCAAUCUUUAGUGUAAGAUUCGUUUUAAUUAAGAUACGACAUAGCGUAUUAUAGCGUCUCGAAAUAUUGUUGUUUUCAAACUUUUUUUUGUUGUACGUUUUUUUUUCUGAAGAAAUUUUGUUUUUGUUUUCGUUCGUUCAAAGAUUAUUUAUUUUAUUUCAGAUUUUAUUUAUUCGUAGUAGUAAUAUAAUUAUUGUUUGUUUAUCGAAUCUUAAUUUUCGUGUUAAUUCUAACGGCGGUUUGUCGUAUUUAAACUGCCAAUGGAAUCUUAAGUUACCGAUGUUUCAUUUACGAAGACAAGUCCUAUAACAGUCCUUGUUCGUAUUUUAUAUAUUUUAUCAAACACGACAUUUUCCGAAUAAAUGGGAGAUAGAAAACUGUAUAGUUUCAACCAUUUAAAGUAAUUGUGAUAACCCUUGCUUGUAACACAACUAAUAUUAUUAACAAUACGUUAAUUUGUCCAAAAUUCAUUUAAAAUUCUUAGUUGAUGUGUAGAUUUGAAAGAAUGAUAUUGACACGGAAUUCCGUGCCUUGCAUUCGGUUUUACCGUUCGUCGGUUUUGAAAAUUUCCAGAAUACUUAUGAAUAGUGAAUAAAUUUGUUUUGUGUUAACAGUAUCUUUAGUAACUUAUAAUAAAACGUCGACUACAAGCAAAAGGGACCAAAUAUUAUUUGAAUUGCAAACGAAAAAAAAAAACUAGUUACUCAUCUUUUAUACUACUUACAUAUAUUUUUUUUAACAAAACUGACAAAAUUAAUCGAGAAUAAAUUUCAAUUUAUUACUGAAAACUCUGGAACAUUCUAGGUGGUUAAAAAUUACGCGUUGUAAAAGUAAUGUUUUGUUUUUGAACAAUAUCGGGACAAAGUUUUACUUUUACGAAACAAAAUCUUUACGUAAACUUAAUAAUUUAUUAGCCAUUUUUUUAAUAUAUAUUUAUAAACAUACCAUAGGAUAAGUAUUAUUAUUAUCUUUUAAAGAUUUAUUAGUUAGGAUAGCGAAGAGUGAGCUUUACGAGUGAAAUAUACGCCGGUAUAUUGAAGUUUAUUAUUUAAAUUUAUUAUGCAGCAGUUUUUGUACUGCCGAGUCAAUUUUAUUUAAAAACAAAAGAAUAUAGCCAGCCAUUAUCAGUACCUUAAAUAGACCUAAUACGGUCGGACUUUAUAAAUGUUUUAUUUUGUUAUUCUUUCCAAAGCAAUAUAGGUAGAUAGUAAUCUUAUAGGCCUAGACAUAAUAGCAGAGAUUAAGUGUUACUGCCAUAAUAAAAAUAAUAUAUUAUACAAAUCGAUGAAUCUGUGGCAGUGAUAACUGGACUUGCGUUUAGGUUAGUGGAAGUGAACUUUUUCUAUUUCUUCAUAAAUAUUAUAUGAGAUUAUAUUUAAACUUCAGCAUUUAUACGAUUAAAGCCGGUUUCGUUUAGUUUUUUUUUUUAAAAGCAAUUUAUUUAUAGGCACGUCGAAUUAUUAAACAUCACUACCCUCAUAUUCUCAAAUUGAUAUACAAUUUUUCGUAUCACAGAAUUGCCUAAAAUUGUGAACAAAAAUAAAUUAAUUUAGGUUUACCUUUAGGUUGGAACGAGUUUUGGAGGUCGUUGUAUUAUGUUCUGAUUGAGACACAGUAUAAACGUGAAUGUGCCGCUAGGUGUGGUGCGGAGGGCGGGGCGAGUCGCGAUGAGGGAGCACCCCUACCAACGCACGGCCUUACCGGCGCCUUAAACAUCCGCCAUUACGCGCUCACGCCGCCAUUUUGUUAACAAGGUGAGAAGCGCGCGCACACGCAUGCUGAUGGAAUAAGUUUGCUUGCAUCGUAGAAUUGUGGCGCACAUUUGGAUUUCUUGAUUUAUAAACUGGUCUUAUUAUUUCAUUGUCUUUUUAAUAAUGUUUCAUUAUUUUAAUCAUUUCUUGAAUAUAAAAUUCAACAUUAUGGUUUUAAGCGCGAGGAAGUUCCUUUUCGAUUGUUAACUAUGGUCCACUUGAAUCACUAAUACAACAUCUUUUAAAGGUUUUUAGUAUUAAAAAAUAAAUAAUAACUCCCCAAACAGACAGUCCUUUUUUUUUGAUAAUAGUGAAUAAUUCAGUCUGAAUAUUAGUCGUUUGGUGACGUAACUCUUGCCGAAGAUAGGAAGGAGAAAGAAGUGGAAUGAGAAUACAUUCCUUGUGUGCAUAUCUAGUUUGAAAAUUUUAAUUAUGGAUCUCAAAUCGACUUGACCAGUUCGCAAAUUGAGAAACGAUUUGUGGAACUUGGAAUGUAAUAGUUUUUAGAUUAACGUUGACGUAAUACUUACGUUUUGGAAAUAUAAGAUUUUCAGUGAUGAUUCUUUUGUAGCGUUCCAAGUUUCAUGUGGUUUUUUUUUUCUUUUCAGCAUUCAUAUUCGUCUCAGUAUGCGUGGGUGUCUUUGCUUUAUUGUCUCUCUGUGUCACUAUUUUUUAUGUAUUUAUUAUAUUGUGUACUUAUUAGUUACGUUCUUUUAUAAGUAUGAGAAUAAGUUCGUUCACGCUUCGUACCGGAUCUGGAGUGACACUGCAUAAUUUGAAAACUGUGAUUUUUUUUUCUCUUUUUAUUUAAUAUAGAUAUUUUAUAGACGUAUUUACAUGUUGUGAUGCGAGGCAUUAUUUAAACCGCGAUACGCUUUGUAUAAGUUUAAAAACAUUUCAUCAGCGUUACCAAAUUCAUUUGUUGUUAUCGAUGAUGUUGUUGCCAGAGUUCAUGUCACAACAUGUGAUCUUCGAACAAUCAUUUUUCGGGUAUAUUCGAAGUAUGCUCUAGGGAAGAAGGAUUAAAGUCUAAUUUCCUGUAGCCGUGGUCGUAUUUUUCGAUAUUAGAAUGUAAUUGUGUUCAAUAUUGCCAAAUAAGAAUCCAUUAAGGUGCUAAAAUCGGGUUGUGGAGUCCUUCUUUCCUGUUUCUCGCCCAGUAUUAGUCAAAGGAAAGUGCAUUCUAUGAAGUUGUGCCAUCAGUCCAGUAUUAAAAAUAAUGACCUUCCUUUGACUUCAAAUCUCUGAUAAUCAUCACAACGUUCUCUUAGUCAAUGUAAGUUUUAUAUGAAAAAUUUAAGCUAGUUGUUUUAUUUUUAUCAUUAUUGCCUAAGUAUUUUAUACACUUUCGUAUUUUGAAAGUGUUUAUUAUUAGAUAAUUUGCACUUGUGUCCUUGUGGAUUUAAAAAGGCAUCCGUAUUAUGCCGUUUACGUAUUUUUUCACGCUUUUUUAUUAUUAUAAUAAUUAUAAAUAAA